UUUUUUUUAAUUAGACUUAUAAAAUUAUAUGUAUCAUAUAUUCAUAUCGACAUGUUCUGAUGUCCUAUAUAAAUUCGAUUCUUCUAGACAAAACCUUACGUUAUACACUUCAAACUAAUAAGCGUCCAAACCAAAAAAAAAAAAAAAAAACCUGUAUUUUCUCGACAAAAACAAAAUCAAGAGCUUUUAACAUCACGAGAAAGAAGAACUAAAGAAGACGAAACAACAAAGAACCAGCUCUCGUGAUCUUCCCGCCUUUUCUCUUCAACUUGAAAGACAUUAUUACAAGAUUUAUCAACUACAAAGAGAUCGGAUCGAAGUUUCCAGUUUCAGAUUCAAGAUUUGAUUCGGGUUUUAAACCUUUUUUCGAGACUUUUUUGUUGGAGAGAUCGCCGGAGAUUUGACCGAUUCUUGGAUACAUGGGACGUCUCCGGCGACGGCAAGAGAUUAUAGAUCAUGAAGAAGAGGAAUCAAACGACGACGUUUCAUCAAGAAGAGGCAAACUCAGUUUAGCAGAGACGUUUCGGUGGCUUGAUUCAUCAGAGCAUCGGAGAAUUGAAACCGAUGGACAUAAUGAUUAUAAAUACAUCAUUCAUCACAAAAACAGGUGGUACAAGGCAUGGGAAAUGUUCAUAUUGGUGUGGGCAAUAUACUCUUCUUUGUUCACUCCAAUGGAGUUUGGUUUCUUCCGCGGUCUGCCUGAGAGACUCUUUAUACUUGACAUUGUUGGUCAGAUCGCGUUCUUGGUCGAUAUUGUUCUUCUGUUUUUUGUUGCCUACCGCGAUACCCAGACCUACCGGACUGUCUAUAAACCAACACGUAUUGCUCUCCGGUACUUGAAGUCACAUUUUCUCAUGGAUUUCAUUGGUUGCUUCCCUUGGGAUCUUAUCUAUAAGGCAUCAGGGAAACAUGAGUUGGUGAGGUACUUGUUGUGGAUAAGGCUAUUUCGGGUUCGCAAAGUGGUUGAGUUUUUCCAAAGGCUUGAGAAAGACACAAGAAUCAACUAUCUCUUCACCAGAAUCUUAAAGCUCUUGUUCGUUGAAGUUUACUGUACUCACACUGCUGCUUGCAUCUUCUAUUACUUGGCCACCACUCUUCCUCCAGAGAACGAAGGUUACACUUGGAUCGGUAGCUUGAAGCUAGGAGACUAUAGCUACGAAAAUUUCCGAGAAAUCGACCUCUGGAAACGUUAUACCACGGCUUUGUACUUCGCCAUUGUCACUAUGGCAACUGUCGGUUAUGGAGACAUUCACGCGGUGAAUCUGAGGGAAAUGAUAUUCGUGAUGAUAUAUGUUUCAUUUGACAUGGUUCUCGGUGCGUACCUUAUUGGUAACAUCACUGCCUUGAUUGUGAAAGGAUCAAACACAGAGAGGUUCAGAGAUAAAAUGAAUGAUCUCAUAAGCUUCAUGAACCGCAAAAAACUCGGGAGAGACCUUCGUAGCCAGAUAACCGGUCAUGUGAGAUUGCAGUAUGACAGUCACUACACCGACACUGUCAUGCUUCAGGACAUCCCUGCCUCUAUCCGCGCCAAGAUUGCGCAAUUAUUGUACCUGCCUUACAUUAAGAAAGUCCCUCUCUUCAAAGGCUGCUCUACGGAGUUUAUUAAUCAAAUAGUUAUAAGGCUCCAUGAAGAGUAUUUUCUUCCAGGAGAAGUAAUAACAGAGCAAGGAAACGUCGUGGAUCAUUUGUAUUUCGUCUGUGAAGGCUUAUUGGAGGCUCUUGUUACAAGAACAGAUGGAUCAGAAGAGAGUGUGACGUUGCUUGGGCCUCACACUUCUUUUGGAGAUAUCUCCAUCAUUUGCAACAUCUCUCAACCUUUCACUGUUAGGGUUUGCGAGCUAUGUCAUCUUUUACGACUCGAUAAACAGUCUUUCUCGAGCAUUCUCGAGAUUUAUUUUCACGACGGACGCACAAUCUUGAACAAUCUUAUGGAGGAGAAGGAUUCAAAUGAGAGGAUAAAGAAGCUAGAAUCUGACAUUGUGAUUCACAUUGGGAAACAAGAAGCAGAACUUGCAUUGAAAGUAAACAGUGCAGCUUUCCAAGGAGAUUUUUACCAGCUUAAGAGCUUAAUCCGAUCUGGAGCCGAUCCUAACAAAACAGAUUACGAUGGAAGAUCACCGCUUCAUCUUGCAGCAUGUAGAGGCUAUGAAGACAUUACAUUAUUCCUUAUUCAAGAAGGUGUUGAUAUCAAUCUAAAAGAUAAGUUCGGAAAUACGCCAUUAUUAGAGGCUGUGAAAGCAGGACAAGACGGAGUGAUUGGUUUGCUUGUCAAAGAAGGAGCCUCCUUUAAUUUAGAAGAUUCAGGAAACUUCCUUUGCACGACAGUUGUGAAAGGCGACUCUGAUUUUCUCAAGCGACUGCUCUUAAACGGUAUGGACCCAAACAGUGAAGAUUAUGAUCAUAGAACACCGCUUCAUGUCACCGCUUCUGAAGGGUUAUACUUGAUGGCUAAAAUGUUGGUUGAAGCUGGAGCAAGCGUUACUUCUAAAGACCGGUGGGGGAAUUCUCCGCUUGAUGAAGCCCGAAUGUGCGGAAACAAGAAACUGAUUAAGUUACUCGAAGAUGUGAAAACCUCUGAAUCUUCUAUCCACCCAUCGAGCUCUCAUGAACUACAAGAGAAGAGAACUGAGAGACGGAAAUGCACCGUAUUUCCAUUCCACCCGAAAGAGGUGAAAGAAGAGCGUAGUAGAAAGCACGGAGUUAUGGUUUGGAUCCCGAGCGAUCUCGAGAAACUCAUAGUAACUGCUGCACAAGAACUCGGGCUAUCGGAUGAAGCCUCAUUUGUACUAUUAUCAGAAGACGAAGGUCGUAUCACAGACAUUGAUAUGAUUAGUGAUGGACAGAAAUUGUAUUUGAUCAGUGAUACUACUGAUCAAACAUAGAGACCGAGUCUUCGAUUUUCUUGAUCAUUUCCUCAUAGAUUCAUUUGAGUUUUUAAUGUUCGUAUAGAGCAUUUUGAACACAAUUGAUAUAUCUAUCUCAGAGAAAACAUAGUAUUCGAAUCUUCGAUUCUAUUUCGAUCCUUAAAUAGAAUCACUUGAGUUCUUGUAGAGCAUUUUGGCACAAAAGCAGAACUAUCACGUUAUUAUAUGGUUUCACACUUUCA